AUGAACGCUCCAGAGCUACAUGAGCUUUUUACUUUACCUCAAGGAAAGAAUAAGGUAGAGUACGAAGAAGACUCAAGAAUCGAGUUCGCAGGGACUUUUACAGUUCACUUAGAAGACCACACUCUAGGAAACAUUAUAAGGAUGCAGCUUCUUCAAGACGACAGAGUCCGGUUUGCAGGCUAUAAAGCUCCUCAUCCUUUAGAACAAAGAAUCCAAGUCAAAAUCCAAACAGACGGCCAGAUUUCUCCACAUGAAGCAUUAAUGAAUAGCUUAGAAAGUCUGAAAAUCACGUUUAAAGGACUACAAGAUCAGUUUGAAAAGCAAGCAAAGUCAAUUUAA